AUGGCGGCAGGCAUUUACCCCGUGGAUAUUUUGGAAGACGACCCUGCUGGGCAUCAGGAAGCGACUCUGGCUUACUAUGCCAUGCUUGGGGAAGGAGCGGGGCCCUCACCAGAGGUUUUCUCUCUUCCCACUGGGGAGCAGGUUAAACUUGAAGCUUCGUCUGUUUGCUUUUGCACCAUGCACCGUGAUGAACCUCAACACAAAAUCUUGGUCUUGGUUAAUCCCCAGGACACAAAGACAGUUGUGGCUGUUUAUGUGAAGGAGUCCUGGUGGACCACUGAAGAUGUACUAAGAACCUCUGAUCCUUCAAGAGAAGGUCUGAUGAAGGUUCAGUCAUUUGGGGAAAGGAUUGUGCUUUUCAUUCUGAACGUCGUUAUUUUUGGAAGACUAGAAAGGAAUUUGGAUGAUGAUGACAUGUUUUUUUUACCUCACUCCGUGAAGGAGGAGGCUAAGAUUCUGUGGCGAGAUGGAGCAGCUGUUGGAUUUUACACAACCAAAAGGAAAGGCAGCCUGUGUGGCGACGGCACGAGCUCCUGCUACCUCCUGCCGGUUUUCGACACCGUGUUUGUCCGGAGGAGCCACCGCCGGCGGGGCCUGGGGCUAGCCAUGCUGCGGGACUUCUGCCAGACGUUCCGAGAUGACGAGGCCUUGGGCAUCAGCUGGCCCAUCUCGCCCGCCAUGUACCAAGUCUGCAGGAAGUUCCUGGCGGCCCACCCAGCCGAGCGGGGGCGCCUGUGGGAGGUGGAGCCCCCCGGAGCCUGGGGCCAGCGAGGCAACAUCUGGCUGAAGGUUCAGCUUCAACAGUCAAGACAAGCCGACUCCCCCUCCAGCGUCUGUGCCAGCCCCGUGGCUGCAGGCAGCUCGUUAGGGAUGGGCGCGCUGGGUGCCAGGCCUGCUCUUCCCCUGGGAGAUGGAUUCCCCGAGGUGGAGACCGGGGAGGCCGCUGGGGAGCUCAUUGAUGACGAUAGCGAUAGGACGUCGGGAAGCAAGCGGGAGAGCGGCAGGGGCAUAGCCGGUACCGCUAAGAAGUGCCCCGCGACAGCCCCGGAGCCUGCCGGGCAGCACGAGGUGCCUGCUAACGAAGACCUGAUGGAAUCGGAGGCCCAGAGGAGGGGCAGAGACGAGAGCAAGGAGAAGCAACCCAGGAACCUCAGGGACGAGCAGACGGGUGGGUGGAAUCGGAUCCAGCCAGGAGCCAGGACCCGCACCGUCAGCAUGGGCACGAGUGACGCUCAGCUGGGCCUCCGUCUCCUGCUGCUGACGGCCCUGCAGCUCUCCCGCCUCCCGUCUCCCCCGCCUGCUCCAUCAGUAACCUUGCCGGCCUGUUCACUGGAUGCCCGCCGUGUGCCAGCUGCGGAGGCGGCGCUGCAUCCUCACUGCUCUGGCCGCAGGGGGAUCGUUUGCUUCCACCCAAGCAAGGUGGCUUCGUGA